GAGCUGAACUGCAAGGAAAGAUGGACCACGUCAGUCGUGCGAGGCCUAUCCUAUCCGUGUCAAAUGAGCUGACGAUGUGCAAGGCAUGCACUGCCAUCUUCACUUGAAUUCGCUAUCUUCCGUCGAGGACGAUAUUGCCGCUGAGGCUGUUCUUGUCUUGGGCGCCAUACUCACCGCGCAUCGUCACUUCCGAAUUCAACAAAAAGAACAGGGCGAAAAUUGGCCAUGGCGUCGACGCCGAGCCUCGUGAUGGCACAGGCGUCGACAUUGGGCAGAUGCUCCAGAGUUUCCAGAUUGGCUUCUGGGGAUGCUUUGGUGAAAUUUAAAUUUUCGGGAAGAGUUGGAUUUUCUUCUUCACUGGGGUUGAAAGAUGGGCGUGCGGUCGGAGCGAGGUGCGCUCUAACGAGUCCCGGGCAGAGAAAAGGCAUCUUCUCAGGGCGAGGAUUGUGGCCCAGCCAGGUGGAGCAGCCAAAUGAUUGGGAAUUUGACCCGCUUGAGCUUGGGGAAUCAGCUGUGUCAGCGUUUCAAACUCAAUGGGAAUCGCUUGCCUCGACGGUAAUGACUUCAUCAGGAGGGAGGCCUGGCUCAAAAGCAGGCAGCUCAGGGAGAGGAGUUGCUGCUGCAAUUGAAGAUAGCUCCAUAGAUUUUGGCGAUUUCUUCAAAGGCAAUCUUCCAGAAAAGUUUCUCAAAGUUCUUGGAUUGCUGGUGUUGUCUCGUAUUGGGACGUACAUCCCACUGGCUGGCGUCAAUAGAGAAGCCUUUGCCGGAAGCUUGGAUACCAACAGCAUUUUAGGCACUCUUGAUUCUUUUUCUGGAGGUGGAAUUGGAAGGCUGGGAGUUUCGUCCUUGGGGAUUGUACCCUUUAUCAAUGCACAAAUUGUGUUCCAGUUAUUGGGGACUGUGUUCCCUAAACUCCAAGAGUUGCAAAAGAAGGAAGGAGCAGCAGGGCGCGAAAAGGUCAAACAGUACACAAGAUAUGCGUCCGUGGGUUUCGCCAUCGUACAGGCGAUAGGGCAGGUUUCUUUGAUACGGCCGUACGCUACUGAAUUCAGUGUGGAGUGGGCCAUAGGAUCUGUCGCAGCGUUAGUGCUUGGAGCAGUGGGAACAAUGUACAUUGGUGAAAAAAUAUCCGAUUACAAAUUGGGGAAUGGGACUUCGCUAUUAAUUUUUACAAAUAUUGUGUCCUAUCUGCCGGCAUCGAUAGGAAGAACAGUAGCCCAAGGCCUGAGCGAACAGAACUAUGCCGGACUUGGUGGAAUCGUUGCCGGUUUCCUGUUGUUGGUUUUGGGCAUUGUCUACGUGCAGGAAGCUGAAAGGAAGAUACCUAUCAACUAUGCGUCCAGAUACAGUGCUCGAGGCCUUCGCAAAGCGGCAUACCUACCAUUCAAGGUCAACAGCACCGGUGUUAUGCCCAUUAUUUUCUCUACUUCGUUGCUCCAACUUCCGGCAUCAGCGGCAAAGUUUACAGGUUUAGUAGCCCUGCAAAACCUUGCAGUGGCUCUUUAUCCAGGAGGUUCGUGGUACGUACCCACGAACGUCAUGUUGAUUGGGUUCUUCAACUAUUUCUACACGUUCUUACAGCUAGAUCCUAACGAUCUUAGUGAUCAGCUCAAGAGACAAGGUGCCUCAGUACCUGCCAUUCGACCUGGGAAAGCUACUGCAACGUAUAUUGAGAAUGUACUUGGACGAAUAUCUGUGUUAGGCUCUGCUUUUCUUGGUCUAAUGGCAGCGGCCCCUGCUCUCGUGGAAGGGGUUACUCAUCUAACUGCGUUCCGAGGAUUUGCUGGAACGUCAGUUCUCAUUCUAGUGGGAUGUGCCACAGACACUGCAAGGAAGGUCCAGGCAGAACUGGUCUCCCAAAAGUACAAAACUAUCGAGAUUUAUGACAUUGAUGAUUCCACAAGGUGAUCUGUAGGAUGUAGUCCUCUGAUAGAAGAAGAGCCGCCAAUUUCAGUGUGGUGUCUAAUAGGAGGUAGCCAUCUUUCUUCGCCACCUUUUUAGAUAUCGAGUCUUCUGGAUUUGAUAACUGUCAAUCGCAUAUUCAAGGGAGCAUCUUUUCACUUGAAAGGAAAUGAAGAGCCAUGGUGUAUAAUUCUCUUAGUCUACUGUAUAGUUUAUUUACAUAAAGAAAUAUUUUGUGUAAUCCAUAGGAGAGCGAUAACUGUAGCUGAUGUUUCUUUUGAUGCCCUGUUGUGUCCACACCGUUUGACCUAGAUAGUCCGGACAUAUUAGAUGCAGCAGUAAAUGGGAAGCAGCAUCGUGAUGCUAUUUGGGCUUAUUUCAUGUUACCCCGUUUGGUCUUCUACAUCUACGGCUCGAUGUGGUAUUUCCACCCUUUUUCUUCUAUGUUUUUGGACUUCCACCUUGUAUGGGAAUUUCGUGAAAGGUCUGCCCCAUGGCGUAAACUUUCAAUUGUAUUAUUUCCUCUGAGGACUUUUCGUGAAGUUUAUCAUAUUGAAAGGUCAAGAGAAAUUUCCCGGUUCACGAAGGUCUCAAAAUUGUUGCUUGAACACUGUGAAAACAAUUGUACUAGAACUAGUUUUUUCUCUGAACGAAGUUAUGACAGCAAGAAUGUUAUGCCCAACUCACUUAUCUUUUAUGUCCUCACCAGACCUCGAGAUCGGACUUUAUUAAGAAGUGCCGACUGGGCGAGAUGAUCAUGUGUGUAGUUCCAUACGUUAAACGUAGGGUGUGUCUG